UAUUCAGCAAAUGUAGAAAUUUAAAAUCAAACAUAGGAUGUUUUUGGAAGAUCACGAGCUUUUAUUAUUUCAACAAUAUAUUUUUUAAUGCAUACAAGGAACUUAAUUUUUAUUCAAAUAAAUUGAAACUUUUACAACUUGUAUUGUUUAUGCUGCUAUAAUAAACAAAAGGAAGGUGAAUAACAUGGAUAAUACCGGUUUACAACAACAUCAAAGUGUUUCCUAUUUUGUUUCAACUGGUUUCGCUCUCUACAUGGGAUCAUUGGAUAGCAUGGUAUCACUACAAAGCAGUAUAAAUGUUGAAUACAAUAUUGGGCCUACGAGUAUGCUGUUUGCUUUUCUGUCAAUGGCCAUAGGAAGCCUUUUCAUAUCUCCAUUAAUGAUCAGACUGUUUGGGCCGAAGAAUGUUCUUAUUGCUGCUGAGCUUUUGAUAGUGAUCUACACAGCAGCGUUUUUUAAACCAAAUUUACCCAUCGCCAUAACGGCAGCCAUUUUAUUUGGGUUAUCGCUAAGUUGUGCAUGGUCAGCUGCUUCAAUAAUAUUUGCAGCAGCGGAGGAAUCUGUAUGUGGCAAAGGUCAUGCAAACACCGGGAAAUUCUUUGCUAUAGUUUCUGCUGGUCAGAUUAUGUCAGACGCUAUCGCGGAAGUAGUGCUGCAAGGAAUGAAGACUGAAAACAGGACUAAAUUGAGUGUUGAUAAACUAUCCAAUAGUUCACUAUCUGACGUUGAUAUAACAUUAUAUCUUAAUCAGACAGAGGAAUUUCUCACUACUUGUGCAUCAAAUGACUGUCCGGAAUCUUACUCUUUCGUUCGUGAUUCGCCCAAGUUUAAACUUUAUAUACCGGAAAACAAGUAUUCUGUGUAUAUUUUGCUGAGCGUUUUCCUAAUGAUGCAACUGGGAGCUGCAAUUUUCCAUUGGGCGACACUACCAUCUUCUAUUGUCAAAGAUGACCCGAGUUCAAAAAACUGCCAAAGUGAUACCGGAUGUGAAGCAGCUAAAAGUAGGAAUUCUCGCAGCCGAAGUGAAACACUUUCAGAUGAAUUGAUAUGGACUUUAAAAGGAAUGCAUGGUCAUUUAACGUCGCUUCAAGGCGUUUUGACAAUUCCAGCACUUGCUUUCCACGGAAUACUUAUUUCCUUCAUUUUUUCAGAGUUUAACAGAAGCUAUGUCGCAUGUACUCUAGGAGUUGAGCAGGUUGGUAUGAGCACUGCGAUAGUCGACACAUUUUCACUGUUUACAUCAGUCAUCAUUAUUUGUGUUGGAAGAAAGCUCUCAUUACCCGGGAUCUACGUUGCGGCCCUUGCAUUUGAUGUUGCGAAUUUUGUUGCAAGUUUAUUAUGGGUACCAACUCCUGCCGCUCUUGUCAUUCCAUACAUUUUAGCGAUGACUUACGGAGUUUCGUAUGGAUUAAGAAGAAAUAUUGCAUUUUUGGCCGCAACAACGUAUUUCAAAGACUUAACGUCUUCAUUUUGCGUUCAAAGCUUGAUGCUGUCAUGCGGGAUGGCAUUCACAUUUGCAUGGAGUUCACUUGUUUGCGUAAACAUCAAACUUUACGUGAUGACGGCGAUGACAAUCAUGUUGACUAUUUUAAUAUUCAUAGCUCAUAUUAGAUAUAAAAAAGAGUUCACUGAAUAUGAAAGUUUGAAUAGUGAAUAAUAGAAUGUAAAAGUAUUCGUCAAUUUCGCUUUAAAAGACGCACAUUGGAUUGCUUAAACAUGUUAUGACUAGAUCUGAAUUUCCUCAAAGCAAUGGACUAGCUGAAAAUGAUGUAAAACAAUCUAAAAAUGUAUUCGAGAAAUUCUGACGAGAUCGAUCUGAUCCUUAUCUUGCUCUAUUAAAUAUUCGAAAUGUGCCUAGAGAUAAAAUACUUGGUUCUUCUGCACAACGUUUGUUAUCACGUCGAACAAAAGGUGACAUACCUAUAUCAAAGAACUUGUUGAAUCCUGGAAUGAGAGAUCCAAAAGAAGUGCACGAUCAAUUGCUACACAAAAGUAGCCAACAAAAGAAAUAUAUUGACAAGUCUUCAAAACUGCUACCUAAUUUGAACACAGCAAACUAAAAAAGGAUAUGACAAGAAAGGUAUCAUAUGCCAGAAUCAUCACUUACCAAGAUCUUACAUUGUUGAGUCUGAUGGAAAAAGAUAUCGUCGCAAUCGAAGACAUAUCCUUGAAGCAAAUGAAUCUUACUAUCCUCGAACAGAAGUAGAUAUCGAUUAUUCCAAUUUGUCUGAUUCGAAUGCUGUGCUGAUAUUUCAAGUCAAUCUAAUAUUGUUAAUAAAAGUCCUGAUUUUGUGCCCAGUAUGACUUUUACUAGAAGUGGAAGGAGAAUAUGGCCAAAUCCAAGAUAUUACUCUAGUGAUUUUGUGAAGUGAAUAUCGCAUUUUGUAGCUUUACUGAUUGAUGACAAAUUGUUGUAAAUGAAAUGUGAUCAAUCCAAUUGGCAUUGCUAUAGUGUGUAUUAGAGUUGUAUUUUCAUGUGUUGAUAUUGUUGCUGUUUAUUUGAAGAAAAGGGGAUGUAAGGUGAUAUUUAUGACGUCAUCAUAAAUGCUAUACUUGUGAUUGAUUGUCACCUUUGACCUUGCUUGACUACGCUCUCUCUUGUUUGUCCUGCAUGCUGCUGAGUGCUGUGAUCUAUGAUGUCUAUGUUAUAUCCAUAAUAUACUCAAGCAUCCCAAA